GCCGCUGAGGAUUUUAUGGCGGGAGAAUUCCGCGCGUCAGUGUCAGUGAGGAAGAGAGAGAGAGACGAGAGCUGUCCAGACCUGCAGUAAAGUCGUUGUUUAAUCCUCAUACAAGUGCACUGAAACCACGCUGCUAUGGUCGUCUACAUUUCGAGUCAGAACAUAAGCAGCAGAGACACUCAAAGUGCUUAUGUCAGUUCAGUAGACCCGUUAACACCCCACGAUACAGCUCCUGUCCUGAGCAGGACCGCACACACGGUGAUAGCCGUUUGCCUGGGAUUCAUUCUGGUCUUUGGAUGCCUAAACAAUCUCUUUGUUUUACUCAUCUUCGCGAGAUUUCGCUCACUGUGGACGCCUAUCAAUCUGAUACUGCUUAACAUAAGCGUGAGUGAUGUACUGGUGUGUUUACUGGGGACUCCCUUCAGUUUCGCCUCAAGUCUCUAUGGGAAAUGGCUAUUGGGACAGCACGGAUGCGAGUGGUACGGAUUUGCCAAUUCGCUUUUUGGAAUUGUGUCUCUGAUGUCUCUGUCUGUCCUGUCAUAUGAGCGUUACGCUGCCCUACUGCGUCCUUCCAAGGCAGACUCGUCUGAUUUCCGCAGGGCCUGGAUUUGUGUGGCCGGAACAUGGCUCUAUUCACUGAUAUGGACCGUGCCACCGUUCCUCGGAUGGAGUAGCUACGGUCCGGAAGGAGCCGGAACUUCAUGCUCGGUACAGUGGCAGCUUCGCUCGACCAGCAGCGUGUCAUAUGUGGUGUGCCUGUUCAUCUUCUGUCUGCUUCUGCCUCUGAUGCUCAUGAUCUUCUGCUAUGGCAAAAUCCUGCUUAUUAUUAAAGGGGUAACUAAAAUCAACCUGUUGACCGCACAGCGGCGUGAGAACCACAUCUUUCUUAUGGUAAUCACCAUGGUAUCCUGUUACCUGUUUUGCUGGAUGCCUUAUGGGGUAGUGGCACUGCUGGCCACCUUUGGCAGGAGGGGACUGAUCACUCCCAUAGCAAGUGUGGUGCCCUCCGUCCUGGCCAAGAGUAGCACUGUUAUCAACCCUGUCAUCUAUGUGCUUUUCAACAAUCAGUUCUACAGGUGUUUCAUAGCAUUUUUGAAGUGUGAAGAAGCAGCAUCUAUUCAAAACCAGAAUCCUCAUCAAAGCAGUAAAGACGAUCCAAAUGCACCUCAGCCCUGUGAUGGGCACUUGUGGAAACACAGCUUCAGAGGGAUUCAGAUGAAGGAGCAGCACACUUUGUCCUUAGUAGUACACUACACUCCAUGACCCCCAUUAAAAACGGUCAUACUGUCAAAUAUGCAAUGUAUUAACAUAAAAAGUCCACGCAGAAACCACAGUUCUUAAUCAGAAUUACAUUUAAGUGUAUUAUUUAUUUCAUUUUUGUAGUAUGUUUACAUUUUGUCAACAUUUAAAUCUGUACAGUAUGAAAUCGUACAGACAAAUGUGAGACAUGCAAUUACUAUUUUACAGUACACUUGUUGCACACAAUUGCCUAUUGUAUGUUGAGGAAAUUUUGAAUGAAGAUAUGUGACCUGUGCUGGCAAAAUGAGUCGGAAUGCGCACAGUAUAAUUUUGAGCUACAGCCAAAAGACGGUUUCAGCAGUAACAACAUAAACACGCGGCUUUCGUGGUCAUCACGUGGUCAUCACUACUGCCCUGGACUGGUCCCGAAAUCGCUACUGCGCAGACUCAAGAUCCAAAAUGUCAGUGCUAUAUCGGGACACUGACGGCUUCACUUUUCACCAAUGGAAGAGAGGGAAAGGGUGUCGUCCAUCUUUUUUACAGUCUAUGGUCAGACCAUUAAACAAACAGAAACCGGAAGUAAAGUUCUGACCAGACGCUUAUUGCGUCACCGCAUGUGCGCCCGAUGAAACGGUCAAUUGGUCGAAAUUGAGGUUUUCAUAAAAAGAAGUACAUUAAGCCCUCAUCUAGCGAUCCCAAUGCUCUAAAUAGUCAUUAAACAUCUCAAAUGAUCUUUAUUUGUACGUUUUCUGAGAGGUCUAUACCAUCCUAAAUG